AUGCGCUGCUCCGGCACUGCAGCGCUCGGCAAAGGAACGGGCAGUGCGCGUGCGCGGAGUCACGCAGAGAUAGAGCGCUUUCAUCCGCGCAGUGCAUUAUGGCUCCCGGGCACCGCCAUUGCUGCUGUCCAUUCCGAGCCAGUCGACCUCUGGCUAAUCUGUCCGAAAGAGCUAGAAAUCUGUCUGGAUCCGAAACGGGGAGAAAGGGAACAUUGUUGUGGUGAUCAUCGGGAAGAGCUGAAGCUGUUUGGUGAAACAGAUAAGAAAUUGAUCUGUUUGAUGUGUUUCUUUUCUCCCGAGAGACAGAAUCACAAAUCGCACAGCGUCAUGUCGGUAGACAAAGCUGCUGAGAUCUACAAGGAAAAACUGAAAACAUCUUUCAAUUUGGUUCUGAAGAGAAAAGACGCUGUUCUUCGAGCUGAAUUUGAGCAAAAAGAGAAGAUUUCUGCCGUGAAAAAACAGGCGAGCAGUCUGCAGAACAACGUCACGGCUGAGUUUGUUAAAAUGUAUCAGAGCCUCAAAGACACAGAGCAGCGUGUAAUGCGAGAGCUCAGAGAGCGAGAAGAGGAGAUUUUACAGCGAAUGGAAGAAGCUUUCUCAGGGUUUGAAGAGCAGUUAAAAUCUAUUGACCGAGAAUUAGCAAUGUUACAGAACCGAAUGGAUGAACACGACUCGGGCUCCUUUCUGAGGGAGGAAGCUUCUCGGAAGAUCAGCAUCAGUGAAGUCUGGAUUGAGCCAUCAGUGGUACAAGGAGAUCUGACUUUGGCAAUACCCAAAGGGCUUUUGCAGCUCACAGUGUGGAGAGAAAUGAUCAACAUGACCAGCCUUGCUCCGGCCUCUCUGACUCUGGAUCCUGACACAGCUCAUCCCUGCCUCGUCCUGUCUGAGGACCUGACCGGCGUGAGAGUCGGAGAUAAACCGCAGCAGCUCCCUGACUCUUCGAAGAGGUUUAGUAAAUAUCUCUUUGUCCUGGGAUCUAAGGGCUUCACAUCAGGGAGACAUUACUGGGAGGUGCAGGUGGUCAACAAGAAUGUGUGGACAGUUGGAGUGGCCAGAGAGUCUAUCAACAGGAAACAACGAACCACAUGGUCACCAGAGGGUGGGGUCUGGGCUGUGGAGCUCGGGGGCAGGGGUUUUGAGGCUUUGGCCUCACCUCCCACCCGCCUGCCUCUGACAGUGAUACCUGGGAAGAUUGGAGUUUACCUGGACUAUGAGGGGGGUCAGGUGUCGUUUUACAACGCUGAUGACAUGUCUCAUCUCCAUACUUUCACUAACACUUUCACUGAGAAACUUUAUCCUCUGUUCAAUCCUGGGUAUUAUAUUGUAGGGAAAAAUUCUGAGCCUCUGAUAAUCUGCCGGUCUCAGGAUAAACCUGUCUCAGCCUGGCUCAGUCAGUAGUGCUUUGGCCUCUGAGUCUGAUGGUUGUAGGUUCAAGCCACAUGUUGGGGACUUUACACUCAUUGCGCUCCAGUGCAUUUGUGAUGGUAUUAGUGGGGCCUGGAUGGGUCGGCUCAACAACAGCGACUUUCAUUUAUGUAGCGCGCGCUCACUCUGGGCAGUCGGUAUCUUGUCUUGCCUGGCGUUCCACUCUCUGAAUUAUUCCCGCAUUUUUUGUGAGCGGCAGCGCACGCGACCAAAGGUAUAAACACUGGGUGAUUGAGGCAGGCACAGCUGUAUCCUGGUUAUAAAUUACACAGCUAAUAAUAUGAAAUCCAUCAGCUAACCCUCCCAGCUCAUCCCAAAAGUGCAUUGCUUUGUUGUAAUGUAUUAUGAGUCUGACUUAAUGUAAGGCUUUGGGUUGUUGCCAAUUGCGUGCUGGUGACCAAUGAAAUAGUAUGAUAGUCGCGGAACUGAGAGGAGAUGCAGUGCAGAAGAAGAGCGGUUGACAGUAUCAAAGGCAGCAGUGAGAUCAAAAAGGACAAGGAGACAGAGAGAGCCCCAGUCACAGAUGGAGACAAUGUCGUUUGGAACUUUGACCAAGACUGUCUCUGUGCUGUGGGCAGCACCGAAACCAGGUUGGAGGGGUUCACACAGAGAAUGGCGGGAGAGGAAAGAACAAAGCUGGAAAGCAACGACUCUUUCCAGGACC